CUUCUCCUCGUUGGGUAUCGCUCAAUUCGGCAAGCGAGACAUUACUCAAGGUGUUCAGCAUCCUGAUAGCGACUUACGAAGGGAGAAAGGCGCCGUGGGGCCUCCAGCACAUGAUAAAAGCGAACAAAGCUCGAUCGACUAUGGCGUCCGUUUCUCCAAAUCAAGAGCAAGAGCUCCUUUUUGAGAAAUACAUGGUCGAAGUCGUUGGACUCGUCUUCGCCGGCGCCAUCACUUUGAUUGUAUGGGAGUACUUCCUGAACCUCUUCGCUGAGAUCGAAAUUCACCGGAAGAGAAACAACAGCAUUGCUGUGAUACUGCUGCUCAUUGUGCGCUAUUCUACCCUUGCAGCAGUCGGAGCCGCCUUGCCCUAUGUAUACGGCAAUCCGCCUAAUUGUGUUGCUGCUGGUUACAUAGUCCAAGUGACAUUUUGGAUCAUGAACACCAGCGUGCAGAGCAUCUUCUACUUGCGUACCUGCGCGAUUUGCAACUGGACAAACAGCGUGCGCAUCGGACUUGGAGUAGCUACUUUAGCAACAUCCGCCUGCUGGUUCGCUUCAAUCUUUACAUACGAGGGUCGCAACGACAUCCCUGAUAUCCCGUACGGCGGAAAGUGCUUCCAAGGCCAGGGGGAAAGGUCUUGGAAGGCUGUAAGCUACAUUUCUUCCUGCGUUUUCGACUUCAUCGUCCUCUCAAUCACGAUUUACAAAGUCUGGAGCACAUCGGGAAAGAAAUUGGAACACUUAUUCCGCCCUCCGACGGAGCAGCGCACUUCUGCACUCUUACUUUGGCAGAGCAUCGCAUACUUCUUUCCGGUCUUCUGCGCAAAUUUUUCCGGUGCCAUCAUUAGCCUAGCAGCGGCAGACUCAGCUACUCGCUCGGUCUCAAUCAGCUACACAUUCGCUGUCUCGUCUGUAGCUGCUUCAAGGAUGGUUUUCCACAUGCGCGACCAUCUCGGAAGACAAGGCGACAUGAGACCCAAAGCGAAUCUAGCAGACAAGAUCCAAACAACAAGCCCAAUGGUGAUGGCAUCGCCUCCGAGAAACGCUUCACUUACGAAGGUCGCUGCGACGGCCGGCUGGCUACGAGACCGCGACGUAGAAGCAAGUCAACAAUUUUCUGACGAAUACUCCCUCCGAUAUCUCUCUUCGUCCUCGCAUUCCUCGCCUAGGUUCUAAGUUCACACAUCCACUUCUGAGAUCACACUUUGUCCAGAACUAGAUUUCAGCCCUUUGUUGCUUAUGUGACACCGAAUAUAACCUUGCCAUUCGAAGGAUGCUCAACGAGAGCUGAUACACAAUGGCAUCUCGGCAAAGGAUAAUGUUGAUCCAAA